AUGGCUACCACCUCGCAUAUGUUCAUGUACUCCCUGACAAUCCAGCCGCCUACUGCCGUUACACAGGCCAUCCUGGGUCAGUUUGCGGGUACCAAGGAACAGCAGAUUGUCACCGCGUCGGGGUCAAAGCUCACUAUCCAUCGACCCGAUCCUACCCAGGGCAAAGUCACCCCACUCUUUUCCCAAGAUGUCUUCGGCAUCAUUCGCUCUCUGGCUGCUUUCCGACUAGCUGGAAGUAAUAAAGAUUACAUCAUCAUUGGUUCUGAUUCGGGACGCAUCACUAUCAUUGAGUAUGUGCCCUCCCAGAAUCGGUUCAACCGCAUUCACCUGGAGACGUUUGGCAAAUCCGGUGUCCGUCGUGUGAUCCCCGGCCAAUAUCUGGCGGUUGAUCCGAAAGGCAGAGCUUGUCUCAUUGCAUCUGUGGAGAAGAACAAGCUUGUUUACGUUCUGAAUCGGAACUCGCAGGCCGAGUUGACGAUCUCAUCACCGCUCGAAGCACAUAAGCCACAGACACUGGUCUUUGCGAUGUCAGCAUUGGAUGUAGGGUAUGAAAACCCGAUUUUCGCGGCGCUUGAGGUGGACUACUCGGAGUCUGACCAGGAUCCUACGGGCCAAGCGUUCGAAGAAGCCGAGAAGCUUCUGGUAUACUACGAAUUGGACCUUGGACUGAACCACGUCGUGCGUAAAUGGGCGGACCCUGUCGAUCGCACAUCCUCGAUGCUUUUCCAGGUCCCCGGAGGCGCUGAUGGCCCGAGCGGAGUCCUGGUAUGUGCUGAGGACAGCGUCACCUACCGACACUCCAACCAAGAUGCCUUCAGGGUACCAAUCCCUAGGCGUAGUGGCCCAACAGAGAAUCCCGAACGUAAACGGUUCGUCACGGCCGGCGUGAUGCACAAGAUGAGGGGCGCCUUCUUCUUUCUCCUCCAGACUGAAGACGGGGACCUCUUCAAGCUCACUAUUGACAUGGUUGAAGACGACAAUGGCCAAUUGACUGGCGAAGUGAGAAGACUGAAGAUUAAAUACUUCGACACGGUUCCUGUCGCGUCGAACUUGCUGAUUCUCAAGAGUGGUUUCCUGUAUGUUGCCAGUGAGGCAGGAAAUCACCACUUCUACCAAUUCGAGAAGCUCGGUGAUGAUGACGAGGAGAUCGAAUUCAGCAGUGAAAACUCCUCUGCAGAUCCUUCUGUCCCACUUGAGCCCGUAUAUUUCCGACCUCGAAGCGCAGAAAAUCUCAAUCUCGUUGAGACUAUCAAUUCCUUAAAUCCAUUGAUUGAUAGUAAGAUUGCCAACCUCUCCGAAGAAGAUGCUCCCCAGAUCUACACUAUCUCUGGAACUGGUGCUCGUAGCACGUUUAGGACGCUCAAGCACGGCUUAGAGGUCUCUGAAAUUGUCGACUCGGAACUCCCCAGUGUGCCUUCGGCUGUUUGGACUACCAAAUUGACUCGCGCCGAUGAGUUUGAUGCCUACAUCGUCCUUUCCUUUGCAAAUGGCACUCUUGUUCUCAGUAUCGGUGAAACCGUGGAGGAGGUGACUGAUACUGGCUUUCUGUCAUCUGCCCCUACUCUCGCCGUCCAACAGCUUGGGGAGGAUUCUUUGAUCCAAAUCCACCCCCGGGGUAUUCGUCAUAUUAUGGUCGACCGUCGAGUGAAUGAGUGGCCUGCACCUCAACAUCGGUCCAUCGUUGCAGCCGCAACGAAUGAGCGUCAAGUUGCGGUGGCACUGAGCUCAGGAGAGAUCGUGUACUUUGAGAUGGAUUCUGAUGGGACCCUUGCUGAAUACGACGAACGGCGCCAGAUGUCUGGCACAGUGACAUGUCUCAGUCUCGGAGAGGUUCCUGAAGGUCGUGUUCGGAGCUCGUUCUUAGCUGUGGGAUGUGAUGACUCCACAGUCCGCAUUUUGAGCUUGGAUCCGGAUUCCACCCUGGAAAACAAGUCUGUCCAGGCCCUCACUGCAGCCCCGUCUGCAUUGAACAUCAUGUCUAUGUCUGAUUCCAGUUCUGGUGGGACGACACUGUAUCUUCACAUUGGUCUGUACUCUGGUGUCUACCUUCGAACAGUACUGGAUGAGGUGACCGGCGAACUGUCUGAUACGCGUACGCGUUUUCUGGGCUCGAAGCCCGUCAAGCUAUUCCAGGUUUCCGUUAAAGGGCAAACUGCUGUUCUGGCUUUGAGCUCACGUCCUUGGCUGGGCUAUUCAGACAUUCAGACAAAGGGCUUCAUGCUUACUCCUUUGGAUUACGUCCCACUUGAAUGGGGUUGGAACUUCUCGAGUGAACAGUGUCUGGAAGGCAUGGUCGGCAUUCAAGGCCAAAACCUUAGGAUUUUCUCCAUCGAAAAGCUUGACAACAACAUGCUGCAACAGUCGAUUUCUCUCGCUUACACCCCCCGCCGUUUCUUGAAACACCCUGAGCAACCACUUUUUUAUGUCAUUGAAUCAGACAACAAUGUUUUGUCGCCAUCAACUAGGGCGAAACUAAUCGAAGAUUCCAAGGCACGUACAGGCGAUGAAACCGUGCUACCUCCCGAAGAAUUUGGAUAUCCACGGGGCUCUGGUCACUGGGCCUCGUGUAUUCAGGUUGUCGACCCAGUACACGCCAAAGCUGUUGUCUCGACAAUUGAACUUGAGGAAAAUGAGGCUGCUGUCAGUGUUGCAGCUGUUCCCUUCACUAGUCAGGAUGAUGAGACCUUCCUUGUUGUAGGAACAGCGAAAGACAUGACUGUCAACCCUCCAUCGUCUGCCGGAGGAUACAUCCAUAUCUACAGGUUCCAAGAAGAUGGAAGAGAGCUUGAGUUCAUCCAUAAGACGAAGGUCGAAGAACCUCCACUCGCUCUUCUUGGCUUCCAAGGCCGACUGGUUGCUGGUAUUGGCUCGAUGCUUCGGAUCUAUGACUUGGGAAUGAAACAACUCCUCAGGAAAUGUAAUGCCCAAGUGGUUCCCAAGACGAUCGUGGGCCUCCAGACGCAAGGCAGCAGAAUCGUCGUGAGUGACGUUCGUGAGAGUGUUACGUAUGUUGUAUACAAGUAUCAGGAAAACGUUUUGAUCCCGUUUGUGGACGAUUCUGUCUCACGCUGGACGACCUCUACGACGAUGGUGGACUAUGAAACCACUGCUGGAGGUGACAAAUUUGGUAAUAUCUGGAUGCUGCGGUGUCCCAAGAAAAUAUCCGAACAAGCUGAUGAGGAUGGAUCGGGCGCGCACUUGAUCCAUGAACGUGGUUAUCUCCAUGGUACGCCCAAUCGUCUGGAGCUGAUGAUCCAUGUUUACACCCAGGACAUCCCGACCACCUUGCACAAGACACAGCUUGUAGCCGGUGGGCGGGACAUUCUUGUCUGGUCCGGAUUCCAUGGUACUAUUGGAAUGCUUGUGCCUUUUGUCAGCCGAGAGGACGUCGACUUCUUCCAAAACCUGGAGAUGCAAUUGGCAGCACAAAACCCUCCUCUUGCUGGACGGGACCACCUCAUUUACCGGAGUUACUAUGCACCUGUCAAGGGCGUCAUUGACGGUGACUUAUGUGAGACGUAUUUCUUAUUACCUAAUGACACGAAGAUGAUGAUUGCUGGGGAACUUGACCGUUCAGUGCGAGAAAUUGAACGGAAGAUUUCGGAUAUGCGGACGAGAGUGGCGUACUGA